AUGGCUGCUACUAUUACCAAUUCAAUUGAUCCUCGUGACAUAGGUACACCUGAUGACUGGAUUCCACGUCAUCCUGAAAUGGUACGUCUCACUGGAAAACACCCAUUUAAUGCCGAACCCCCUCUAUCUCUUCUAAUUAAUCAAGGCUUUAUAACUCCUACUCCUUUACACUAUGUAAGAAAUCAUGGUCCUGUACCUAAACUUCAUUGGGAUACUCAUCGUUUAAUUGUUGAUGGAUUAGUAUCAAAACCUUUGAAUUUAUCAAUGAAUGAUAUUCAAAAUUUUCCAUAUAAGGAAUUUCCUGUAACUCUUGUUUGUGCUGGAAAUCGUAGUAAAGAACAAAAUAUGAUUAAGCAAUCUAUAGGAUUUAAUUGGGGUUCUGGUGCUAUAAGUUGUGCAAUUUGGAAAGGUGUUCCAUUAAAUGAUAUUUUAAAAUUAGCUGGUGUAAAUCUUGAUGAUUGUAUUAAUGAACCUCGUUAUGUUUGCUUUACCGGUGCCGACAAAUUACCUAAUGGUUAUUAUGGUACAAAUAUUCCUUUAGAAUGGUCUCUUAAUGAUAUUAAUGAUGUUAUCUUGGCUUAUGAGAUGAAUGGUGAAAGAUUAACUCCUGAUCAUGGUUAUCCUUUACGUGUUAUAAUUCCCGGAUUUAUUGGUGAUAGAAUGGUCAAAUGGCUUUCUAAGAUAACUAUAAGCAAUAAAGAAUCUGAUAGUUAUUAUCAUUAUCAUGAUAAUCGUGUUCUUCCUCCUGAAUUCGAUGCUGAGCUUGCUACUAAGGAAAAUAUUUGGUAUAAUCCAAAUUAUAUUAUCAAUUUUCUCAAUAUUAAUUCUGUUAUAACUUCUCCUGCUCAUAAUGAAUAUAUUUUAUUAUCAAAUUUAUUUAAUGAUAAAAUGUAUACUAUCAAAGGUUAUGCUUAUGCUGGUGGUGGUAAUAAGGUUAUUCGUGUUGAAAUUUCUUUAGAUGAUGGUAAAACUUGGAUUCUUUCUAAAUUAGAUCAACCUGAACUUAAUCAUCAUAUUGUUUUAAAGAGAGGAAUUAAUCCAAUUCCUAAAUAUUGGUGUUGGAGUUUUUGGUCUUUAACUAUUCCAUUUUAUUCUUUUAUUCGAUGCGAUGAAAUUUCUGUUAGAGCUUGGGAUUCAACUCAAAAUACUCAACCUAGAAAUCUAACUUGGAAUGCUAUGGGAAUGAUGAAUAAUUGUCAUUUUCGUGUAAAAAUUAAUACUAUUGCUCAAGGAUCUGAAUUUCGUUUAGUAUUUGAACAUCCAACACAACCUGGAAAUCUACCUGGUGGAUGGAUGGUUAAAUCUGAAAAAUCUUCUCCAAAGUUAUUAACUUUUUCGAAAAAUUCAGAGCUUUCUACUAUCAAUAGUAAAAUUUCUACCUUUACUAUUAAUGAUGUAGCUAAACAUAAUAAUGAAAAGGAUUGUUGGAUUAUUAUCAACAAAAAAAUUUAUAAUUGUACUAAAUUUUUGAAAAAACAUCCUGGUGGAACAUCCCCUAUUCUUAUCAAUGCCGGAACAGAUGUCACAAAGGAAUUUAGUGCUAUCCAUUCCACAAAAGCUAGAGAAUUAUUAAAAGUUUUUUAUAUAGGUGAUCUAGUUGAAUCUCAACAACAAAAAAUAAUGACCUCUGAAACCCAUAAGGCAAAAAUAUAA